AUGUUGGCAGGCACGGUCUCCGGUGUCUUGUUCGUGCUCGUGCUGAUUCUUGAUUUCCUGCCUCCCGGAUUUCGGCGUGAAACUCCCCAGAAUGGGAAGAUGAACGCCUUUCUAUCUCGACCACCACGUCAAAUCUUGGCCAAAUGGAAGGAUGAGGAAGCUGAGAUAAAGGGGAUGGAAGAGCCAAGACAAGAAUCGCCAAAGCCACGGAUAAUAAGCGAUUUCAAAUGGAAGUUGAAUGGCAAUGUAUCUUUGGCACCGUUUCUCAGAGGGCGAGAAGUCGUGCGGUUGCCCUUGACAACGAAAAUGACGUUUUGUGUACAAGGUAUUUGUGGAAUGCGCGUUGAAGACUUGAAGUCGAGAAGGCUUGUGCAGAGUGCAAGAGGACUUAUGCUGUAUGGGAAGCGGACGCGAGCCAUCUACGACCCACGAGCAGCAUUCUCCAGCCCAGAAGCCCAAACGAAUGCCCCCAACUCUUCCAAUGUCGAGCAACCUACGCCUGUCGCGGCCAAGAAGAGAGGCCGGAGUACAAUCGCAUUAGAUCAUGAAGUGAUACCGCGAAGAUCACCGCCAAAGGCUCUGGGAGAGAAACAGGUCAACUCGGUCGUGCUACCGCUUGAGGCCAUAAAUGCAGCCAAGGAAACUCGGACGAAGAAACCAGGGAUACAGAGGCAAGGAGCGCAUGUUCAGAAGCACAAGAUCGGCCAAGAUGGAAACGCCGCUUCUCAGAGACAACACACGACAUUCGAUGAUCGUGGCCAUCCGCGGCCAUGUCGGAACUCACGAGCCAGGCGAAGGGCUCAGCGUGCGCAACACGACGAACAUGGCGAGGCUGUUCCAGAGCCUAUCUCUCGCCCCACGAGACGCCAGCAUAUAUUCUUCGACGAUGAGCAUUUGCCAAAGCAGGAAGAGGCUUUGCAGACGACAGAAGGCGUAGCAAAUGCUGGAAGGCCUGACCCGGCACUACUGCCAUCGGUCGACAACAUAUGCGAAAAGGCGGUGGACACCCAACACGUGGCGAUGGCAGAGCAAGAUAAUCACGAGUUUGAAGAGGAAUCCGGGAGCUGUAGAGCUGAGACAUGUCCAUAUCAGCAGCAUUGCUCGGAAAUACUAGACCUAUCGGCACAUCCUCUGACGUGCUUCGAUACCUGGUCAUCUGAGUUGUCGGAGCACUUCGCAGUCACCAAGAUUGCAGAAGCUUCAUUUGGCGAAGUCUAUCGUCUGUCACUGUUGGAGGACAUCACCGACUUCUGCAACACGGACGAAUCUGUUUUCAAAGUCAUACCUCUGCAGAGACCCGAGACUACAUUACCCCUCGAUAAACGAAAACGAAAGGCGGCACUACUUAAGAACGAAGACAUGUCGAAUCCGUCGGAUGUUGCGACAGAAGUCCGAGUGCUCCAGAGAAUGAGCACUAUACCGGGCUUCACCAAUUUCCGAGAUGUUCGAAUACUGAAGGGCCGACCUCCACCAGCAUUCAUCGACGCUUUCAAGACAUGGAACACCAGCCAGAAGUCCAGGGGCAAGGACUUAUCACACUUCCCCGACCCAGGCAAGAAGUCCAGCUAUGUAGAUGAUCAACUCUGGGCCGUGAUCGAAAUGCAAGACGCAGGUUCUGACCUCGAACGUCUGAUUGAACAAGGGACCUGCACCUCCAUAUGGAUAGUCUGGGACAUCUUUUGGCAAACUGUCCUCUCGAUAGCCAAAGGCGAAGAAGGCGCAGAAUUCGAGCAUCGAGAUCUCCACGCCGGGAAUAUCUGCAUUCGCUCAACAUCUCUGCCCGAAAACAUCGACAGCAACCGCAAACUCAACUUCACAUCCCUCGAAACAACCAUAAUAGACUACACAAUCUCUCGCUGCCUGAUGCCCGACUCUAGCAUCGCAUAUACCAACCUCUCCUCGCCAUCUCAAGCCGGGGUCUUCGAAGCAGACGCCACAGAAGAUUACCAGUACGAGAUCUACCGGUACAUGCGAGCAGCUCUCUUCUUUGACAACGCUGUUGCCAAGUGGAAUCCAGAACACUCCACGGGUCGAGACUGGGAGCAAUUUCAUCCUCAGACGAAUCUGGUGUGGCUACAUCUGGUUCUGUAUAAACUUCUGGAACAGUUGGAGUGGCCUUCGAGUAACAAGAAGAAAGCUCCGCCCAAGAAGAAUAGAAAAGAGCGUGCGGUCUGGAAACGUGCGAGGGAUUUGGAGAAUGUGUUGUCGAAAGUCGAGGAAUUGCUGGAUCCCGGCGCGAUUUGUGGGAAUGGAGUCAGGUCUGCGAAUUUGGAAGAUGUGAUUGGCAAUGGUGUUGAUGAGUCUGCUUUGGUUUCGCAACUUGAGGCUUUGGACAUUGGUAUUGGUAUUGGUAUAGCGGCCGUAGCUGCGUUCUACGGAGCAUGCUUCUUGUACAUAUUCUUCUAACGAGAGCCUGUGAUGUCGUCUUUGACCAUACACGCCUUUUCGUCUUCCUGCAUGGCAUCUAUAUGUCCAUGUCGAUGUCAUCGGUUGCGCGACCAUUCCACGCUCCAUUGGCUUCGGUAGCAGCGCUACUGUUUCCCGCUGGUGUGUCAUCUUUGCUACCGCCCCAGUAAUCAUUCAUUUCUGCAUCUAGCUCUUCCGCCGUCUUCCUUGGUCUGCCUCCCACGAGCGGUCUGCCCUCGCCAUCGACCCGCGGCUUCCGCUCUCGUGGCUCGCGCGGGCCUCUGCCACCUCUGUCUUCCCUGCGCUCGCCCGGCCUGCGACCUCCUCCGCGCGGGGUGCCUCUGCGUCUGAUGGGCGACCGAGAGCCACGUCCAGGGACGUAACGGUCGACAUCUGGGGCGGCUAGCCUAUCGCUCUUGCGAGGACUGUCGCUUCGCUGCCUGGGUCUUCUACCACCAUCUCUGCUGUCAUCCCUGCUUGAUGUGAUUCUAUCAAAAAUGCUGCGUGGUUGGCGCUCAAUUCGAUCCGCAAUACCGCGCGGUGGCGCGUCUCGUGAUGGACCGCUCGGCAUGAGCGAAAUGCGGAUAGGUUGGCCAUUGGCGUUCUGUCCGUCAAACUUGUGGAGAGCAUCGCGCGCGUCUCGCUCGUCCUC